ACUAGUUAUAUAAUUUCCUUUUCUGAGAUAACUUCACAAGUUGUAUAAUAUUCAUCCCCAGCUAUAUACUUCAUUAUCAUCUGUGUGACUGGUGGCUGAUUUCAACCAAGAAACAGGAGCCACACUUGAGGAGGAAAGGGAGGGAGUGACUAGUGAGAGAAUGGAGACUUCCUUGGGGCUUUUGCUUUCUUUGUGCUUGAUAGGAGUUUGUAGCUUGAGCUUGUACUUCUACUAUAUCACUUGGUUAAGGCCUGAGAGCAUUCGCAACAAGCUGAGGAGGCAAGGGAUCGCAGGGCCUCGGCCGUCGUUCCCUUAUGGGAACCUACCGGAGAUGAAGAGGGUGGUGAUGACAGAGAAAGCCCGCAGAGAAGGAGGAAGAGGAGGAGGAGGAGCAGGCAUGAAGCAUGACUACACGUCCAAAGUGUUCCCAUAUUUUGAGCAAUGGAGAAAGGAGUAUGGCCCUAUAUUUUCAUAUUCAAUGGGAAAUGUGGUCGCAUUGCAUGUUAGCCACCCAGAUUUGGUGAAGGAUAUCACACUUUGUGUCUCUCCAGAUCUGGGGAAGGCUACGUACCUAAAGAAGACCCAUGAGCCUUUGUUUGGUCAAGGAAUUCUCAAAUCAAAUGGAGAGGCUUGGGCCUACCAAAGAAGGAUUAUAGCUCCUGAGUUCUUCUUGGAAAAAGUCAAGGGUAUGGUGGAUUUGAUGGUAGACUGUACCUUUCCAUUGUUGAAAUCAUGGGAGAGCAAAAUUGAGCAGGGAAAAGGACUUGCAGACAUAAAGGUUGAUGAGGAUUUGAGAAGCUACUCUGCUGAUGUAAUUUCUAGAGCAUGUUUUGGGAGCAGCUAUAUCAAGGGAAAAGAGAUAUUUUUGAAGCUUAGAGCAUUGCAGAAGGCCAUAUCCAAACCUAAUAUGUUUGUUGAAAUUACUGGCGUAAGAUACAUUCCCACAAGGAGAAACCGUGAACUGUGGAGGCUGAACAAAGAAAUCCGCUCGCUGAUACUGCAGGUAGUGGAAGAGGGGAAAGGAGGGGAUAAGAAUCUACUGCAGGCCAUCCUUCGCAGCGCAAGCAAUGGUCACAUAGGUCCCAACACCACUGAUAGCUUUGUGGUGGACAACUGCAAGACCAUAUACUUUGCAGGGCACGAGACGACUGCAGUCACAGCCACUUGGUGCCUCAUGCUGCUCGGUCUGCACCCGGAGUGGCAAGCCAGGGCAAGAGCCGAGGUGGUGGAGGUCUGCGACGGUCACCCACCGGAUGCCCGAUCACUUCAGAAGAUGAAGAUAUUAACCACGGUGAUUCAGGAGACAUUGCGACUCUAUCCUCCUGGAGCAUAUGUGACAAGGGAGACCCUACAGGAGAUGAAGUUUGGAGGCUUUCAUAUCCCCAAAGGUGUCAAUGUCUAUGUUCCGGUAUCGAUUUUGCACCAUGAUCCCAACAUUUGGGGUCCAGAUGUGCAUGAGUUCAAUCCUGAGAGGUUUGCACGUGGAGUUCAUGGUGCGUGCCAGCAUCCACACAUGUAUGUGCCAUUCGGUGCUGGGACUCGGACAUGUCUAGGUCAAAAUUUCGCCAUGGUUGAGUUGAAGAUAAUACUCUCUCUUGUUCUUUCAAAGUUUGCUUUUACCUUAUCACCGUGUUAUCGGCAUUCACCGGCAUUAAGAUUGAUUGUAGAACCUGAAUUUGGAGUAAGUCUCCUCAUGGAGAAUGUAUAAAUCAUGGCCAAUGUUGGCUUAUCAGAUGCAGUGUACAUUAAAUAAUUUCAUUACCAUUCAUACUUAUAA